AUGUUAUAUUUGAUAGAGGGAGCUUGUGGAUAUGGUGAUCUACACAAACAAGGCUAUGGUCUAGCCACAGCAGCACUAAGCACGGCUUUAUUCAACAACGGGUACACAUGUGGAGCUUGUUACGAGAUCAAGUGCGUGAAUUCUCCACAAUGGUGUUUUCCCGGAACCAUCAAGAUCACAGCUACAAACUUCUGUCCACCAGACUACACCAAGGCACAAGACUGUUGGUGCAACCCACCACAGAAACACUUUGAUCUCUCCCAACCAAUGUACCUCAAAAUCGCCAAGUACAAAUCCGGGGUUGUCCCGGUUAGAUACAGGCGUGUUCCUUGCGCGAAAACCGGAGGUGUCAAGUUUGAAAUCAAGGGCAACCCUCAUUUCCUAAUGGUCUUGCCGUACAAUGUAGGAGGAGCUGGAGAUAUUAGGGCCAUGCAUGUUAAGGGAACCAAGACCGAGUGGAUUCCGAUGAAGAAGAACUGGGGACAGAUUUGGAACACUGGUGUUGUUUUAACCGGACAAUGUUUAUCGUUUAGGAUCACUACAAGUAAUGGAAUCACGAAAGAUUUUAUUGACGUGACACCGCCUACUUGGAGAUGUAAUGGACAAUCUUUUGAUGGAAAGGUUAACUUUUAG